AUGUCCAGAGGUGGUCAGCAGCGUGAGGGGGAGUGGGCCUCCCGCUGUUCUCAUGGACCUCUCGGAUGUUUGAGAGUUAGCCACAGACAGCGCAGUCCAUGCCUCUGCCUUCGGGGGUCAUUGAUGGGAAACCAACUGGACAGGAUCACCCACCUCAACUACAGCGAGCUGCCCACGGGGGAUCCGUCCGGCCUGGAGAAGGACGAGCUUCGGGUCGGCGUCGCCUACUUCUUCUCUGAUGAAGAGGAAGAGGUGGACGACCGCACACCGUCCGACUGUGGCUUCAAAGAGCCGGAGGAUGGAGAGGAGGAGGACAGGGGGCCCUUCACGGUCAGCGAGGUGGAGUACUCCGCCUUCUGCUGCCAGGAAUGCAUCUUCUCCAAACUGCACGAGCACGAGGACUUGAACGUGUACACGGUGAAAAGUUUGCUGACUAUGUGCAAACCCGGAGACCUGCUGGAGCUGGUGGGCACGGCUCAGGCACCGCACUGGGUCAUAUACGAGCAGGAGGACCGGGUCAUCCACCUGCACAAGGGGGAGAUCCGCAAGGACAGCCUGCUUGAGCUCAGCAACGGCCGCCACGGGAGGAUAGUCAACAACCGGUACCGGUACCGGCCGCUGCCCGCGGACCUGGUGAUGCAGAACGCCGUGGGCCACGUGGGGCUCAGCACGGAGGACAUAUGCUGGACCAACUCAGAAAGUUUUGCCGCCUGGUGCCGCUUCGGGAAGCGCGAGUUUAAAGCGGGGGGAGAAGUGCACUCCGCGGAGCAGCAGUAUUUCCUCAAAGUGCACUUGUCCGGCAGCGGCGUGCACACGCUGGUGUUCCGCAGCCUGGAGGACAUGAUCCGCGAGAGGAGGCGGGUGGACGCCUGUGGGAUCCUCAAAGAGCUAUCUUUGGUUAACGGGGGCAAGGAGUGA